GGCGACGCACUUUUGAACUCGGUGGAGCCGUGGCGAAACAUGAACUGGGACACACAGUUGAAUUCCAUACUGAAUGACACUGACUGCAAUGUGGCAAAGAUAAAGCAAAGAUUAAGCUCCACAGGGUAUUAUGCAAAAGUUGGCUUACUUGACAUGGUUGACACAAAAAACAUUCGAUUCAAUGAACCUCUCUCUGUUUCCAUGGAGCACACUUCUUGUUCAGAUGUGUUUAGUCGGAAAUUGCCUAAAGAAGAAUUAAUGAGCAUCUCCAGGCAGCUACAAUUCCAAGGAAAGACCAUUGAAUCUUUACAACAAGCUUUACUGAGAGUUGAAACAGAAAAGGAGCAACAAAGGCAGAAAAUUCAAUCAUUAGAAGAGGAAAUUCGGCGAUUACAAAAUCAAUCUGAGGAAAGAAGUUUGGAUUUCCAGUUGGAGAGAAAGAUGGAGGAUUGGCGCAAAGAGAUGUCAAAUGAAAUAUACAGUUUGCGGGAGCAAAUACGUCAUAUGGACAGGAGACUUGGUUAUGGAAAACUCACAUUUUCCAGCCUGAUGCAAGAGGUCCAUGAAAGAAAAAGAGAUCUAUGUGAAGAACAUGAAUCACUUAGAAAAGAGAUUGAUAACAUGAAGCACAAGUUAUGGAGACAAGAGGAUGAGCUGUUGAAGCAGAUUUCUGAUACAAAGGAACUUAAGCACUCACAGGAUAAAAAUAGUAAGAUUGUGAGGGAAUUGAUGAAUAAGUAUCAAUGGUUAGCUCAUGAACGGGAAUGUUCAGGACAGGAGCUCACACAUAUCAGAUCCACAGUUGGUGGUUUGAAGGAACAACUGAGAAAUGUCCAGCUAGCUGACAACCAGACCAGUACACCAUUAAGACCAGAUGCGAGAAAACAGCACCGAAUGAAAAAGAAACCAAAGGCUGGGCCACUUAAUGAAGAUUCUGACUCUAACUUGAGUUGCACUCUCAGCCUGGCAGACGUUAGCUCAGAUGAUGACUUUUCCGCACUGCAAAAUCUUGAUUUAGAUACACCAGUCAGAAAAGAUGGCAGAUACAGUUCCACUUUGGGCACAAGGGAAAAUGAGAGAGAAGCAAAAACAAAUGAUUCAGAUGAAGAUGUUAGUGUGGACUUGGAAGGAUUAUCUGACAGCCCACCUGAAUUAAAUCUCAGUGAUCUAUCCUGAUGAUUGGAGUCUCUGGGAACUGGAAACCUGCAAGCAGAUAUUACAGCAAUAUCUCUCAAUAGGAUUUUUUUACACUUCCAAAGAUUCUACUCCUUAUUAAAGGAGUUUGAAUCAAAAGAAUCCAGUUCAAAGGCUGGAGUUAUUAUUCUUAAUGCUGUGACAAUGAUAUCCACACUUUAGGUAGACGGAGCAAUGUUGUGAGUUUAUAUAUGCAUGCUGUUGAAAGGUUAAUUAACGUUAGUAUCUCAAGUCCUGGUCCAUUUCUGAUCACUUUAAAAAAAGAAGUUACAGAUGGUCGAUGGUACUGCUCAUGAUUACUAUUAAAAUCAGCGCUUAGGAGAUUUAAGAAAUUGGCUGAUGAAGACCGUGGUAUAACAAUGAUAAACCAUUCAAUAAGCUCUCAAUCUUAUUUAUGCUUUGUGUAAGAGGCUACAAAAUAGAUGGGCAAUUCCGUGAGGUCAUGUUUACCUCCUAUGAUACAAAGAUAUAAAUAUCCAAAAUUAAAUUGGAUUCAUUAUAAAAUUUUUCAGUUAACUAAAAAAUAGGGUGCAUACCUGACAUCUGUUUACCUAAAUAUGAAAGAACUGAUUUAUCCAAACAGUGCUUUAGUGUUAACUCCACUUUUCUCCCGACAAUUACAUACUACACUGGAAAGAAAUGGGGAAAUUAAUCAACAUUAUUGAAACCAUCUUGGAUAUGGGCUACUGGUAAACCAGAGAUAUGGGUCUGAACAAAUGGUUCUGUACAAGGUUGAUGGGGAACAGCAGCUACUAAAACCAGAAACAGCAAGAGAAAGUUUAAAAAGGGGUUGAAAUAGCACUAUAAAAGCCAAAUGUUAGUUUUAAAUGUUAAUUACAAAUGUAAUUAUUUGGAAAGAGUUUUUAAAAUGACAUUUAAGAAUGCAAGUCUUGCUUACCUUACAGUAGAAACAGUCAUUGACUUUAACAAUGGGAAAAGAGGGAAAAGACUUUUACAAACAAAAGUAAAUACAUUUCAUAGUUAAAAGAGCUUCACAGGAGUGUUUCCAGAAAAAACACACAAGCCAUAGUGGAUAAACCUUGUGCAUAGGUCAAUUUUUUUUUUCCAUACUUAAACGUCAUACCAUCACUUUGAUUAAGCAAAUCUGCAUUUGCAAAUACUGGCAUGUAUCCAACUUAGUAUAAAAGCCAUAAUCCAUCCACCCUAGAUGUCUGCUGCCAAUUUAUCAAACUACAGGAAUAAUCAGAAGAUAUGUUAAAAUAAUUCAAAAAGGCAUUUCUGCUGCUCAGGGCAAAUUACAGACAUCUACAAAAAGCAGCUAGUCCAUGGAGGUAACAGAAACCCCUUCCCUAGGAAAUAGCACAGAUGGGUUUAUGGGUUUCCUCUCACACAAAGCAUAAGAUUGAGAGACCUAAGAAUCUUUUUAUACUGUUGUCAUAGGAUCCAGACUUGUACCCUGACAGGAUCCACUUCCAGCAGAUGUCCACUCUCACACAGUUUGAGGAGUUAUUAUUUUUGUACCAACAACAUCGAACAACCUUGCCCUAAUGGCUAUACCCUGGAGUUCUGCCAGUGUCACCAGCAUGACAACCAAUUUGGUAGUUUGAGAGAUCAAUACAGUCAAUUGCAGGUUAGAAGGCAACCACAUUUACCAGACCAUCACUCAUUUGCAGCAAAACCAUCUUAAUGAAAGAGGCAACAUGGAAUGUUAACUUAUUCACUCCAAACUUGUCUGACCAAAUCCAACUCUACCUCUUGUUCCCUCUGAAGUGAAGUCAUGGCAGAAAAACAACAUGACAUACUGCAGGAAAAAUGCAAAGUAAACAUUUAAAUAUUCCUUGACAAGCUUCAUGAAUAAUGUAGAACAAUGUUGUUAGAAAAUAUAAGGUACAACCUUUGUUAAAGCAUUAUUGCUCAAAACACUUCUAUCCCGUGGCUACAAAAAUUAAGUUCCCAACCGUACAAUGAUGCAUCCUGCUCCUUUUCUGUAUCUUUCAGUGAAGCAACAAGUGCUUAGUUGUUUUACAGCUGACAAAAGGCUUUUUACCGGAACAGGUUAAUUUCGUACCUUGACAUAUCAGGCAUUAUUGAUUGGGUACGGAAAUUGUUAAUUUAACAAUCAAGAAAUGGUCUUCCAUAAAAAGUACUUCAAAAGGUAGCUGCACAGAUUGAAAGAAAAACUAAUGAUAAACAAUAGUUUAUUGCUUUAUGUUUUAAGUAUAUAAAACAUUGUUUAAAUGGGCAUUGUACCAUAAUAUGUCCAUCAGGCGUUUUGGAAAUGGUACUAUAAGUGUUAUCAUGUUUUAAAAGUAUGUUUUUUUUAAAAGCCAUCUUCUAUGUUUGAAUAAAUCAGCAUGCUUUAUACAGUAUACAUUUUAAAUAUUAAUGUACAAAUUAAAUUUAGUAAAAAAAAAUUCAUUUAACUUAAAUAAAAAUAUUUUCACUUUUUCACACCUUUU